AUGGAAUAUGUGACAAAAGAAUUAGAUAUGAAAUCAUUGCAGGAAGAAAUUUUACGUAAGUGUAGAAAAAAAACAGAAUCUUUAAUUCUUCCUGAUGAAACGGAAAACGAUAAAGAACAUAAAGAAGAUUUAUUUGAGGAAGAUAUAGUUUCGAUAGAAACUGAAAAAACUACGAACGACGAAUUACUAUUCGAAGACGUAUUGGCUGAAAAACGCCGUAAAUAUACGACUAAACAAGAAUUUAUCUAUUUAUUAUACAACAACAUACUUCCAGCUUUUGUAGCCGAAUGGGACGGAUAUUUUUUGCGAAAGAAAUUGGCGAAAAGAUUUAGUCAGGACGAUGCUGAAACUAUAGAGGAAAAUAAAGAAAUUGAUGAUUACAAUAAAAAUGAUUCGUUCGUAGAAAAACAGAAGGAAAAGAAUAAAAUAAUAACCGUUCCAUCAUGGAAGCUUUCAUUGCCGGAUGAAUUUGCAAACAUAAAGUUUUACAACAAUAAUUCUUAUUGCGGUCGUAUUAGCAAGAAAAUGAUGGAAGGUGAAGGAACCUAUACAUGGCAUAAUGGCGUUCAAUAUAAGGGUCAAUUCGAACAAAAUAAAAUUCAGGGAAAAGGUCUCUUGAAAUGGAAUAAUAAUUGUUGGUAUGAAGGUGACUUUGUGGAUGGUCUUCGACAUGGCAAAGGUAUCUUGGUGGAUAGAGCAAACAAUUCUAUUUACGUUGGUCAGUGGUGUAUGGGCCACAUGUGUGGACAGAGAUAA